AUGGAGCCGACAGAGGACAUUGAGUUCCUCUGGAAGUGGCGCAAGUACCUGCUGCUGCUCGCCACGCUGGUCGCCAGCGUCACCUACGGCGCCGGCCUCAACCCGCCCGGCGGCGUGUGGUCCAAGGACCACGAUGGAGGCAACACCCCACAGCAGCGCCCCCGCGCCGUCAACCCGCCGGCGCCCCCGUCCCUUGCGGUGUCCCCGGCGCCGGCGGUCUACCCAUUCCGCGUCGGCGAUCCCGUGCUGGUGUCCACCUACUCGGCCCGGUACACCGCCUUCUUCUACUGCAACGCCACAGCCUUCGUGGCGUCGCUGGUCAUCAUCAUGUUCCUGCUGGAUCGGCGCCUCAGCGGCAACCGCGUCGGCCUCACCGUGCUCCGCUCCGCCAUGCUGCUUGACCUGCUGGCUCUCAUGGCCGCCUUCGCUGCCGGGAGCUGCCGCAGCGUGCCUGGGUCCAUCUAUGUCUCCUUGCUCUUCGCCGUCGUCUUCGUCUACGUCGCCAUCCACCUCCGCGUGGCCUCGAGGACGGAAGCGCCGGCCGCGGACGCGGAGGAGAAGAGGCGCCUCAAGGAGCAGCGCAAGUUCCUGCUGCUGCUGGCCACCUUCGCGACGCCGCUGGCGUACGGCGCGGGGCUGGCGCCGCCGGGAGGCUUCUGGAGCGAGACCCAGGAUAUGCACCGCGCCGGCGCUCCGCUGCUGCACGACGGGCCCUACAAGAUCCGCUACCACAUAUUCUUCUACGCCAAUGCCAACUCCUUCGUGGCCUCCCUCGCCAUCAUCAUGCUGCUCAUGAGCAGGACGCUAAGCGACCGUCUCGUCCGGUCCAAAGCUUUGCUUGUGUGCGUCCUGGGGGAACUGCUUGGCCUCAUGAUCGCUUAUGCCGCCGGGAGCUGCAGGUGGAUCCCCACCACCGUGUACAUCGUCUCCCUCGUCGGCGCCGUGGUCAUCUACAUUGUGUUGGUGCCAGCGUUCGGCCUCGACGCGAUCGAAGAAUGGCGUAAGAAACUCGUUGCCUGUGUUGGCCUUGGGCCAAAAGGUGAUGGGCAAGAAGUUGCAGCGAGGACAAUCAACAUCGGUGCUCGGCAAGAAGUUGCAGCGAGGACAAUCAACAUCGAAGAAAAGCUGGAGCAGACGCGGUCGCUUGUGCUGCUGCUGGCCACGCUGGCGGCGACGGUGACGUACCAGGCAGGGCUGAGCCCGCCGGGCGGCGUCUGGCCCGAAGGGCAUCAGAAUCGCAUCGCGGGGAACCCGGUUCUCCACGACAUGCACCUCAAGAGGUACAUGGCCUUCUACCACUGCAACACGGCGGCGUUCGUGGCGUCCGUGGUUGUUAUCAUCAUCGUCCAGAGCAAGGUGCUGAGCACCGUCUGGGGUGCCAUGCUCCUCAAGACUGCCAUGAUACUGGACCUGUUCGGCCUCAUGGGCGCCUAUGUUGCCGGGAGCUGCCGGGAUCCCACCACCACCAUCUUCGUCGCCGCGCUGGCCGUCGCCGUCUUCCUCUACACCAUGGCCAAGGUCGUGGGCAAGCAGAGCUGGCUGGCACGGUGGGUGCAACGCAUGCUUGUAGCGUUGCUCCCCCCUGAGUUGCCCCGGAAAGGAGGAGGAGACGCACCUCAAGCUAUCAACCUCCCCGACGAGCCGUCCCAGCAAGGAGGAGAAGCACCUCAAGAAGCUUUCCAUGUCAUCCACAAUCCUGACGAGUCGUCCCGGCAAGGAGAAGAAGCGGCGCAUGUUCCUGCUGCUGCUGUUGUGCACCUUGGUGGCGAGUCGUUCCGGCAAAGAGGAGAAGAAGCAACUCAAGGAGCGGCACAAGUUCCUCCGCUUGGAUCUGAGCGUAUUCUUGAAGAAAAAAAGCUCGAGAGGAAGCGCAAGUUCUUGCUGCAACUCGCCAUCCUCGCCGCCACCGUCACGUACCAGACAGGGCUGAACCCGCCGGGCGGAUUCUGGACGGAGAGCAAUGGGGAUAAGUUAGUCACCGCCGGCGACCCAAUCCUCCUCGACUACUACGGGGUCAGAUACCAGGUGUUCUUCUACUGCAACGCGGCGGGGUUCAUGGCGUCCGUCACCGUCAUUCUCCUCCUGGUGAACCAGACGUUGUCCAAGCCGGGCAUCCGGACCAAGGCGCUCUACGUAUGCGUCAUGGUCGGGCUACUGGGCCUCAUGGGCGCCUACGCCGCAGGCAGCUGCCGGAAGCUGCGCACCUCCAUCUAUGUCUUUGCACUCGUGGCGGCCGUCGUGGCCUUCCUCAUCCUGGAGAUCCUACUUCAUUGGCUCGGCCGCAGGGGUUGGUCCAAGUGCCUCCCUAAGUGCCUAACGAGGCUGUUUGAGACAUUGUCGACUGGGCCGGGCGGUGGCAGCAAGAACAAGAGCGAUCAGGAGGUGAUCACCACCGUGGAUAAACUAGAGAGCGAGGACUAUGAGAAGCGUAAGUACCUGAUGGUGCUCGGCAUCCUGGCGGCGAGCGUGACGUACCAGGCUGGUCUCGCGCCUCCCGGCGGCACGUGGGGCGACGACGAUACCGCUUCGUCGUCGCCCUUGCCGUCCCCAUCGGCACACCCACCCACCGUCGCCGGCAACCCGAUCCUGCUUGACUUCAAUGCUGCACGGUACCAGGCCUUCUUCUACUGCAACGCAACGUCGUUCGUGGCCUCGGUCGUCGUCAUCUUGAUGCUGCUGCAACGCACCACGAAGAAGCAGCAGCCCGGCGCGCCACUGCGGGCAUUGCAGACCGCUGUGGUCCUGGACCUGCUCGGCCUGCUGGGCGCGUACGCCGCUGGCAGCUGCAGGGACUGGGAGACGUCAUCGUACGUCAUCGCGCUCGUCGCGGCAGUGGUCGUCUUCACCUUGAUCUACGUGUUGUUGUCAUUCAACGUCGUGCGGGCAAAGGCCGAGGAGCUCACGGUGUGGAAAUACUUUUCACAAAAGGGGUUGAACUACUCGGGAGCACGCAAUGAUCAUGAUCAGCCAGCCGGAAAUGGUGUCAAGGAUUAA